CCCCCGAGCGCCGUCCCGGAGGGGCCCGCGUUCUCGUCCCCACGGGGUCUCUGGCUGGAGGGGCCGGAAGUGCGCGAGGGCGCUAGCGCGGCCGCCGUGGGCCCUUGGUUCGGGCCGGUUCCUGGCUCCUGGCUCCUGGCUCCUGGCUCGGCUGAGAGACUCCCGGACCUUGUGUCCGGCUGGCUGGAGCGGCGCAAGCACCGCUCCGUGGCUGAAGUGGACUGAUUCCCUUUCCACUCCUACCUCUUCUCACCCGCCUUUCCUCUCCUGGCCGGCUAAGUGGCCGGCCGGGCUCCCAGCCGUGUCCCGUCCCGAGGCAUCGUGGAGAUGUGGCCGUCCGUCAGCUCAGUCUACCCCUUCCCGAGCGUGGGUUACGGCGCCUACGUCACUUUCUGUUGCCUCAGGCUGGGUGAGAGGCGCCGACACCAGAGGACGCCGCUGGCCGGGCAAACCCGGAGGGAGGCGAGAAACGUGUCUGGACCCGAGUUUGCAAGCUGAGCCUCAGAGGAAAACAGAGGCUGCAGCCUGGUCCUGCCCUCACUGCCCUUGGAGGGCGGCUGAGUCCGGACCGAGGGCUUUCGCGCCUUGAGCUGGGAGAAGCCUGUGGAGGAGAGGAGCAAAGCAUCUCUGCGGGCCUGGGGGGAAGGAGCGCGGUUGAGAACAGCCUUGGGUCGCGAGCGUAGCUGGGAGGCCGGCCUGCAAGCCGGCCCCCAGCCCCUCAGCUCCGGGCUGACGCAUCCGCAUCCUCAGGCUGCGCUUUAAAAUGGCUGGCUAUGCUGCGACUCCUAACCCCAUAAAGACCCUUCAGGAGGAGGCGGUGUGCGCCAUCUGCCUCGAUUACUUCACGGACCCCGUGUCCAUCGGCUGCGGGCACAACUUCUGCCGAGUGUGUGUAACCCAGCUGUGGGGCAAGGAAGACGAGGAGUUGGAUGAAUGGGAGAACGAGGACGACGACGUGGAGGGGGCCAUCGGUGGAUGGGACAACUCUAUUCGAGAGGUUUUGUACCAGCGUAAUGGUGAUGAGGCAGUGUUCCAGGACCAAGAAGAUGAUGAACUCUGGGUUGGUGAUGGUGGGGUCAGGAAUCGGGACAAUAUGGACUAUGUGUGGGACCAGGAGGAAGAAGAGGAAGACCGGCACUAUUACCUGGGAGGCUUGAGACAUGACCUGAGAAUUGACGUCUACUUAGAAGAGAUACUGGAAGAAUACAACGAAGACGACCAAGAGCUGUAUCCUGACACCCAUCUGCCUCCACCCACCCGUCCACGUCAGUUCACCUGCCCCCAGUGCCGAAAGAGCUUUACCCGUCGCAGCUUUCGUCCCAACUUGCAGCUGGCCAACAUGGUGCAGAUAAUUCGCCAAAUGUGCCCCACUCCUUAUCAAGGAAGCCGGGGGAAUGAUCAGGGCAUCUGCUCUAAACACCAGGAAGCCCUGAAGCUCUUCUGCGAGGUGGAUGAAGAGGCCAUCUGUGUGGUGUGCCGAGAAUCCAGGAGCCACAAACAGCACAGCGUGGUGCCAUUGGAGAAGGUGGUGCAGGAGUACAAGGUUCAGCUGUUGACUGCUGUAUCACAAGUCAGAGUGUUUAAACUUGCUACAAGCUGUUCCUGUGGGUGUACCUGGGACCUCAUCUUUACACAGACUUGCUACACAUCUGAAAUCCUCACCUCCAACUGCACUAUGACCUUAGCUCUUAGCCUUCUAGUGUAGUCAAACACACUCCAAUUAUACCUGCCCUUCGGUUUUAUGGAGGCCACAGUCCCACUGAUUGCUAAUUUUCUUCCUUCUCAAUUUAACAGACAUUUGCUGGCCCUAAUUAUUAUCUCACUGAGCCUGGACCUUAUGAGUACUCUUGGCUUUAAGAACUUCCAUGCUGUAGUCUAGACCAGUGUUUUUCAGCCUCAGCACUACUGACAUUUUGAGUAAGGUAAUCCUUUGCAGGGGGUGGGGGGGCAUCCUGUGCAUUGCAGGAUGGCUCACAGCACCCUUGGAUAGAGUAGGAUGGAAGUCAGACGUAAGUAGCACCUCUCCACCAGCUGUGAAAACCACAAACGUCUCCCAACAUUUCCAGAUGUCUUGUGGAGAGGGUUGAGGGAAGCAAAAUCACCCAUGUUUGAGAAUCAUUAGUCUAGACUCAGGGUAAGUGGUCAAAUCCACAGAUGUGCCAUUACCAGCUUUACUUAUGCCCUAUAGCCAGUGACUGAGACCUAGGUGUUUAAAAGUGUUCAAUGGAAGAACAGCUCCACCUAGCUAGAACCUUAUUAAAUGCAGUCUUAGUAAAUUGAUUAAUUGAUAGGACUCCUACUUCUCUGAGCUCUUGGCAGGCAGGUGUCAGAGUCAGCAAACCUUUUUUUAAACCAGAGCUGCCUGUCACUGCCAUUUGGGGGAAAAGGACUAUGACAGAUAAAGCAGUAUAUGAAAUGAAGAUCUAGAAAUGAAUGAUGAGUAAGAAAAGGAAAUCAGCAAACAUCAGUUCCAGCAGGAUCAUAGAGCAGUUAUUUUUUUUGCUUUGGUUUUUAAGCAUUAUGCAAAACUUAUAAAACCAGAGCCUGUCUGCUCCUGUUAGAGUGGGGUAGUCCUGGGUUAAUACAUAUAACAUCAGCCCCUAAAGCACUUCCUUGAAACCGAAGUCUCCUCUGCCACUGGCCUCUAUGCCAUGCCUCCAGAAACCUUUACAGGACCUACAGAUUCUAUGCUAUUUCCCAUCCCCAAUCCCUGACCCACUCUGAAAGUUACCCUGCAACGGUGAAGUUAUUACAAACAUUUAUUGACUGAUAAAAUAGGAUAACAAAAAGGGGGACACAAGACAGCCUGCCAUACCAGGUCUAAAAGGACUUUGCAACAACGGAAGUGUUCUAAAUCUGCUGUUUGAUAUAGUAGGUACCACUAGCUACAUAUGGCUUGAGCUCUUGAAAUAUGCCUAAUGCAAUAUGGAACUGAAUUUUUCAUUGUAUUUAAUUUUAAUUAAUUUGAAAUCGCCAUAUAUGACUGGUGGCUGUCAAAUCACAUUUAAUUGUACAGUUCCAUAGAAACAAGGCAGGUUGAAUUCUGAUCCUUUCUAGGAUUCUCAGGAGUAGAGCCAAGUCUGAAGGGGAAAAUGAAAAAGAAAUGAGACAACUCUUUUCCCAAUCAAGAGAGGUAGGCUCUGGGAUCCCUGGGUGGCUCUGCGGUUUAGUGCCUGCCUGCAGUCCAGGGCGUGAUCCUGGAGUUCCGGGAUCCAGUCCCAUGUCGGGCUCCCUGCAUGGGGCCUGCUUCUCCCUCUGCCUGUGUCUCUGCCUCUCUCUCUCUCCUCUUUCUCUGUCUCUCAUGAAUAAAUAAAUAAAAUCUUUAAAAAAAGAGAGAGAGAGAGGUAAGCUCGAAGGUGGUAUUUUUAGGCAUAGAAGAAAAUAUUUAAAAGAAGGCCUUCUUGUACUUUUUUUUAAAAUAUGACUAAAACAGUCUUGAACUAGCUCUACUUGUGAUUCAUAUGGAUCACAUGUGGGAAAUAUGAUAGGGGAGAAUUCUAAUAGGAAAAAGCUAAAAAACAAGCUGCAUUACCCUCUUCCCAGAAAAAGAGCCAGGCUGGGGCCUCAAAAUAGGAGGAAUAUAAGUAUAAAUAAUUAGUUACUUGGUUCCUGACUUUUUGACAAUGGGAUAUGGGGGAAAACCUAGCAUUAAAGUAGGUUAGUGGGUUCUUCCCUUUCUCCUCUCACACCUAAAUCCUGACAGAGGGUGGUGGUAGAGAGAUCAUGGAGUCCUAGAAAGGAAAGCAGUUUGCUAGCAGUGAUAAUGAGAAAAGAGAAAGUGAGAGGUUGUAGGAAUAACAGGACUGAAAAGGAGGAGACUGUGAGAGCUAAAAGUGGUGACAAACUUAACUUUUAAUGAUACAGUCUUUGCCCACAAACCAGAGUCCUCAGAAGUAGAGAAUGAGAACCCUGGGUAUGGGGAAACAGCUCAUCUAAGCAUAUGAGUUGUAGGAAGAGAUGUGACAGUAGACGAGCAAAGGAAGAAAAUGGCUCUCUUGGCUCUCUAAGUUACUACUCUUCUCCCACCUCUACCCGUCCCAAAGGAGGAAGAAAAUGGCCUUAAAUAGAUUUGAACUAGAAAUAGCCUUAACAAACAGGGAGGGGCUUAUUCUUCCAUAUCUACUGAAGUUCAUGCUUAGGCCUUCAUAAUCUUUUACCUCAUCCUAAAGGACUCAGAUGCAGAGUUGGUCAGAGACUUCUGAUUGACAAUUCCACUUGGUACCCAGCAGGGCCCCACAAAGAUGAAGGACCAAGGUCACCUGGAAGAGGAUCCCUAGAGGUCACACCCCCUUUUAAUCUGCCAUUUCCUAAGUACAUAGAAUCCUCUCCUCUACCAAAGGACGGAAUUUCUCAACAAGCUCUGGCUAUUUAACCUGAGUAUGAGCAGGAAGGAUUAUUUCCUCUUCAGCCCUCUUAUCUUGUGGUAAGCUGGCCAACCUCAUAGUUCCAUUUCAACAUAUUAGAAUAUGUUCUAUCAAUAGAACAUAUAUCAAAUUCUCUUCCAGGUAAAAAGUUGAAAAAAGGCACCUUGUGUCACCUCUUGUUUCUCCCUACCACCUAAUGCUGUUUUAAAUCCUUUAACGAGCCAGAGGCUUGCAUUCUCCUAGCAUAUCUUAUAAUUCUACCUGGACUACGGUCCAUACCUGCCUGGAUCAUGCCCACCUCCACAAUCUUCGACUGCAUAUCUGCUGGAGCACUUAAGGCCAGGGGGAAUCCUACAGUCCAUCUCCCAGGGAAAACCCAACAGAGUUCCUUAGCAGUUUUCCAGGGGACUGUUAGAAAAUCUGACUGACUGCAGAUUCCUGCCUAAGAUGGACACUAAAUAUUUACUAAGAAACAUAAACGAUAUGUGAUUUCUUUGUAA